GAUACAACAUAUAAAGAUGUAUAGAAUAUCCAAAGUAAAGUAUAUAUUUUAAUGGGUAAAACGAAUCUUUACUUAAAUUCUUUUUCAAUCAUGUUUAUAAAAAUAUAAAUUUGCAUAUCCUCAGUCUAGUCAUAACUUUGCACAUUUUAUAUUAUAUUUUAUUUUGAAUUUUAUAUAUUGUACGUAAAUUCUAUAUACUUCUACUCUUUAAUAAACGCAUAACAUCCGGUAGUCUAAUUAUAGAUAAAAUAAUCGAACGAUCGGCAACUUUUCUCAUUGCUCCUUUGGUAAAUCAAGAUUUCUUUUAACGCCAUCUGACGUUACGUUUCGUAAAUAUCUAGUGUCAAGUCGAAAAACGUUUAUUACAUGGAAGAAUUCGAAAAUUUAAACGGGCAAGUUUAGUAAGUCGGAAUGCGUUAAAAGUGUCAAGAGUCUCGUGCAAAUCCCGAAGACGUGAUCACCGCAGGAAAAUACGUAUUUCGUUGUUUUGAAGAUCGUAUAUCAUUUACUGGAGUCCGGCGGGAGAUACAAUCGUGAGACCAAGGCACUUUUGAAUAUCGUAUCGUUCUCUAUUAAUCACUUGAGAACGAUCAGGAAUCACAGAUCCGUGGGUUUUUUUCUUAGAGAAAUAUCGCGUUAGAUCGAGAACAGAUCUUUGUAACAUGGCGACUCAGAAUAGGAAUGCACUUUGCAAGUCGUGAAUCUAGACCCUUUGCUAAGAAUUCGAAAAAUAGAAGUGUUCAAUAUUUAAACGUCACAACGGCCGAUCAAAAGUACUAUCUACUGUUGAAAUUAAAUAAUAAUAAACGAGAUACAAUAAGAGAAACGAGUUCAUGUUCAAAUAAUUAGAGGGGAAUUUAUUGAAGGUCGUAGAGAAAUGAGAUAUAUUAAAAUAUAAGAUACAUGGUUUAUAUUUAAAGUGUUCUCCUGGAAUUUAUAUUAUUUGUUCGACUAUUAAUCAGACAGUUAACACUUUGCAUUGAUUUAACUUAUUUCUUUACAAAUUAUAUUUAAAAUGUUUAGAUAUAUGCUAUAUAUCCAAUGAAAAAAUACAACAGGAAAAGGUUGAAUUUGUGAAUGAUAAAUGUGUAGCUAUAUUUUUUUGUUAAUGAAUUUUAUUUUCAAAUUGAAAUUUAUUAUAAAUUUAUGUAAAUAAUACUCACAUAUUUAGUGCAUUAUAUAGUAUAAUACUUGCCUUGUUAAGAAGUACAAAAGUUCCUCUAGAUUUAAGUACUAUAUUUUGUAGCAUUUUAUAUAUUUAUUUUGACUAUGUAUCAUACUGUGUAUCCACCACAAAUAAUGGUGCAGAUAAUGGGUGGCCAACAGGCAAAUGGACAGUGUCCGCCAAUUCAACCACAUACAAUGCACAUUCAUGGUGCAAGUGCAUUCCAUCAAGCAGAAUAUGUAAAAUAUCACACAGAUGCUUGCUCUCAGAACAGACAUAUGAUUCAAACAGGAUCUUAUCCAUUGGAGCUACUGAUGGGGGUUGAGAUACCAUCUUUAAGACAUGUGGAGUAUAUGCAGUCAAAUAAUGGCACACAACGAGGACACUGGCAGAGACAUGUAAAUACAUCCAACAACACAUCUCUUAUACCUUCUCCACAUUUUACUUUUAGACCAAACAAUAACGGUUUGGCAAAUAAAAAAUCAAACUGGUAUAAUAAAUUGAGUAAAAGAACUUCCUUUCGAGAGUCUUUCGUAAAUAACGAAAAAUACGGCAGUGAUAGCGGCUUCAGUUCACGAUCUCCCACACCGAAUAAACAUCACAUUGAUAGCAGUCGAACAGAGAGCUCGGAUGAACGAGAUUCUGUAAUUUCUUCGGUAGAACAAAGUAUGAAGAAAUUAUUCUCUUACAGAAAAUCACACAAGAUACUUCCAAAUAGUGUUACAAACAACAGAAUAGUGCAAUAUGGUAUAAUUUCAAAUAGUCCUAUGCACCAAUAUUAUCAGAAUCAAAGAUCUAUUAAUUGCUAUCCCACUACUAUGUCAACGUCUAGGAGUCAAGUACAAACGUACCAGAAUAAAAGAAGGUAUCAUUCAGGAAGGAACAGUCCACCUCCUCAAAGAUCACCUAGAAAUAAAAGAUAUAUGGGAUUCUUAUCGCCCAAUUAUCAUGUGUUUCCUAGAUACGGAAUUGCUCCAGAUCGAUUUUUAGCUAGAUCACAUUUAGUUGAAGUAACCCGUACACCGGACGAUUUACUUAUUGGAUCGGUUUGGGAUAGACUUUCGAAAGAAAUUUGGUCAAAAUUUAUGUUAAAUCAACAGACUGAGAUUGUUUAUAGGAACAAGAUGAUGCUUUGGAGAUAUCUUUACGUUUAUAUUAAGACUGCUUUUCCAAAAUAUGGUUUAUUCUUGGUUGGCUCUACGAUGAAUGGUUUUGGGUCUGAUAAUAGUGAUGUUGACAUGUGCCUUUUAGUGAGGCAUACAGAAAUGGAUCAAAGGAACGAGGCUAUUGGGCAUUUAGAACAAAUAUUAAAAUGCCUUAAGAGAUGUGAUUUUAUAGAACAAUUAGAACUUAUACAAGCAAAGGUGCCAAUUCUAAAGUUCUACGAUUCAAUACAAAAUUUAGAAGUUGAUUUAAAUUGUAAUAACGCUGUUGGCAUUCGGAAUACUCAUCUUCUUUACUGUUAUUCUCGGAUUGAUUGGAGGGUAAGACCAUUAGUACUUGUGGUUAAACUUUGGGCUCAAUCUCAGAAUAUCAAUGAUGCCAAGAACAUGACAAUAUCCAGUUAUUCCUUAGUUCUUAUGGUCCUUCAUUUUUUGCAGUGUGGUGUUAAUCCACCAGUUUUACCAUGUUUACAUUCACUUUAUAAGGGCAAAUUCGCACCACAUACAGACAUUCAUUGCAUAGAUAUCCAAGAAGAAUUGAACAUUCCAGUUUCCAUACUUCGGCCUAAGAAUCGACAAACUUUAGGGGAAUUGUUUGUGGAAUUUUUUCGAUAUUACGUCAUGUUCGAUUUCAAUCAGUAUGCGAUAUCAGUUCGGCUGGCAAAUAAAAUAGCAAUAGAAGAAUGUCGCAGGGCACGAUCUUAUAAAAAUGACCCUCAUCAAUGGAAGUAUCUAUGUAUUGAAGAACCAUUCGAUCUAACUAACACAGCUAGAUCAGUUUAUGAUCCGGAUGUUUUUGCAAGGAUUAAACACGUCUUUGAUUGUACAUACCAAAACUUAAAAGAGCAUCAUGACCUAGCCAGGAUAUUCAUCAAGGUGGAUUCUACUUCACCCUAUAUCGUGACGUAAUCACGUUUGUGCAGGCUGGUACAAAAAUACUCACAUUACCUAGUACAAUUUUAUAUUUGAAAAACGGUUUAUUUUUGCAAUUGGCCUCUUUCGAUAUAAUUCGAGGCAAUUCGACUGAUACCACUUGAGAUAAAAAAGUACAACGAGGUAAUUUUACAUUUACCUAGAGCUAAUAUGCUCGUACCUUGUGAUAAUAGCCUGCGCUUUUGUGCAACGGCUCAUCUGUUGCGUUUAUAAGCUCGAGUUUUUCUCUCGUCUUGUUUCAUUUCUGUUUUAUUUGCUUUUUUAUAAACAUAUAAAACCACUCACAGAGAGCUCUAAUACGAUAAAAAUAGAAUAUUCAUAAACUUCCUUUAAACAUUUAAUAUGAAAAUGCAAUAACAUUCGCGACUCGAUAAAAAAUGACACUAAAUCAAAUCGAAUAUUCGAUAGUAGUAAUUGUAUGUAUAUGAAUGAAACACUUUUUUUUGUACAAAAACAUUAUUAUCGUUUUCAGAAUCUUUUCAAGUUCACUUCGGUUCGUAUGCUUUUUUAUAUAUAAAGUUUUCUUUUCUCUUUUUCAAAAUUCUCAAAUACGAAAAUACGGUGCCUUACACUUAUAGGCUACUAUAAUUUAUUCGAUACGUAGCCUCCCAUUGAUCUAAAAAGUAUGAUGCAAAGGUCUUAAUUGCCCUUGAGAAUUACUUCUAAUAAAAAUCAAAAUGGGUUCAAUGCAAUGUAAAAAAUGAAAGAAAAAAGCAUAUAUUUAAAAUUAGAGGAAUGACACGUCAUCGAAUUUUCUUUCGACUGUAUAAUAUAUUUAUAUGCAAGAUGAAAAGUACUUAUUCUUAAUUUAAUAAACAUAGAGAACUUAAAUUUACACAUAAAAAAGCAUUUUAAAAAAUAUCUCCUUGAGAUAAUGAAAAAAAAUUUAAAAGCAAAAAAGAUAAAAAAUUGUUGUUCGAGAAAAAGAAAAAAUAAAAAAAAAGAUGUUAACUAGAUGUACAUCAAUAUUGUCAACAAUAACAGCAAAAGAUUAGUUAAAAUCAAUUGGUCAUCUUACUAACAUAGUGAUGAUUAAAUUCUGAUUAUUUAUAUCAUGUGCCAAACAAAUAAAUUAUUUUCGUCUUUACUUCAUGAUUCACGCAUUCUACCCGAUAUGUACUUCUCAAAGAAAAAAUAAUCUCUAUUAAUAAUCAUUUAUUAAAAAAAUUUGCAAGUAGACUGAACAUCACUAGUAUAUUAUAUAUUAUUAUAUUUGCAAUAGCGUUUCUUCUAAGGUGAAUCAAUCAUCAAAGUUCCUAUUUUCAAUUUAAAAAGAAAAAAAAAAUCUUUUAUUCCAGUUCUAGUCUGAUUUUGACUAGUCUUUCAUAUGAAAAAUAACAUAUUAGAUAUUUAACAUAAUGUAUAAUAAAAACGUAAGGCUGUGUUAACAGUAUAAAACCUGUGAAAUGCUGUGUACAAUCUUUGGGCCUGUGCAAAUUGAAAUAUGUUAUUUAUAAAUCAAAUAUUAAAAUUAACGAUUUGUUAAAGAAAAAAGUCAUUAUUUUUAUCAAAUUUUUCUUUCGUAUGUACUGGACGAUUUAGCCAAAUUUUCGAAUGAUUAGCGUAAACAAUGUAUGUCAUAUGUAUAUUGGCAGGCCUAAUAUAUUUUUCUAAUUAAUUUACUUAUUUUUGUAACUGAUAUAAAAUGAAAACUAAAUAGUGUUAAGUAUCUUCUUUCGCUCAACUGGAAAUUCAUAAUCUCAUUUUUUGUCAAUUCUACGCACAUGUUAUACAAAAUUUUAAGGCGAUAAUAUCAAAUUUUUGUAAUUUAGAUUUUGUUGUUAAAUAAAAACUAUUUAUAUACACAUAGAA